UUCACGAGUCAAGAGUCUCUAAACUAGUUGUUAAUUAUGAAAUAAUUUCCCAUAUACGCCUUUAUAUAAACGCCUUGCUACGAAGACAUAAAUUGCAAGCCUAAUACAUAAACAUCUUACGGCAAUUUCUUUUGAUCAAACCAUAUUAAGUUAAACAUGGCUCUUAAAAUUGAUUUGAUGAUCAGUAAUAUUCUAAUAUUGUUCUUUGUAGUUGGCAUAUUUAACUCUCAAGAUGCAAUUGCUCGCGGCCAGCCAAAACUAUCCGUGUCUGAGAGACACAAACAGUGGAUGGCGCGUCAUGGACGCGUUUACAAGGACGAAGCAGAAAAAGGAAAACGACUGAUGAUAUUCAAAGAAAAUUUGAAAUUCAUUGAGUCAAUCAAUAAGGCAGGAAAUCUGUCUUACAAGUUAGGCAUCAAUGAAUUUGCAGAUAUUACUUCGGACGAGUUUUUUGCAAAGUAUACUGCAUUAAACAUGCCUUCUUCACAUCCAUCACCUUCUCCAAUGUCGUCGGCGGAAUUCAUGAUCAAUGAUCUAACUGAUGAUGACAUUCCGUCUAACUUGGAUUGGAGAGACAAUGGAGUUGUGACGCAAGUCAAGCAUCAAGGUCAAUGUGGUAAGAUACAACAUAACACUUUUAAUUAACUAAUGACUAUAUGU